GGAGCAGAGAUUUUUAUUCCGGAAAAACUUCAGCGUAUCCAACAAUAAUAAUAUCUUCUGGUGAGGAGGUUUGGAAACGGUGGUACGAUUCAGAAAGGUUAUCUAAUAUGAGACAAUUUCAAAUUCCUACAACAUCUGCUGAUAUAUAUAGUUUAGGAUUAUUGUUUUGGGAAAUCGCUUGGUGUAAACCAAGAAAUUUGCCAUUUAAAGAAGUUUCGAUUGAAAAACUUUAUCAUCAUUUACGGCAAUAUAAUCAUGAAAAUUUACCAGAAUUACCAGUAGAUUAUCAACAUUGGAGGCUAUUAAUAAGCAAAAUGUGGAAAUUCAAAGCGGAAGAUCGUUGUGAUAUUAAUACUGUAGAGAUGCUUAUGCAAAGAUUAUACAAGGGUAGAUCAGAUUCAACAUCGUCAGUUUCAUCACCAAUCAGCCCCACAUCACCAUCUAAUAUAUUUAAUUAAAAAUAUUUUUUUGUAUAUUUAUUAAUAGAUUUUGUAUUAUUAAUCUUUUAUUAUUAUUUAAGAAUAAUUUGAAGAUCAAAUUAUUAUUGCAAUAAAA